UCGCUACUUGAAGCGAUCAUAUCGAACGCACUCAGGAUAAGACGGAAAAUACCUUUAAAGGGGACAGAGGCGAGACUAUGUAGUGAAUCGACUUAGUAUGACCGAUCACACUGUGGUAACGAUAUGUCGUUCCAGAAUACCUUCAGGAAAAGGAUAGUGUAAGUGAACAUGUGGAUACAGAGGAUAAUUAAACAGCAAACUAAGGAAUUAAAAGGAUAUAUAGUUUUACCAGACUAAGGGAUGUUAUGGACAUGUUCUUCAAAGGAUGAAUACUGUUAUCAUACUGGAAUUAAUUUGUUUCCUUUAUCAAGUGUCGCUGUCUGCGGGAGAGGCUAAAGGUCAGAGAUUGUUGGGGAGCUGGGGGGAGUGGUCUGCAUGGUCAAAAUGUUCGGUGACCUGCGGUUAUGGUACAUCAAGUCGACACAAGAUUUGGCGACAGCCGGACAGAAAAGACAAGUUUCCUUUCUAUGAUAUCAUAGAAUGUUGGUCGGCCGUCGAGUGCCCGGUGCAUGGUCGUUGGAGCAUAUGGGAGGAGUGGACAGAGUGUCCAGUCAUGUGUAACGGUGGUGUGCAAAGACGGGAGCGGCAGUGCAAUGAACCGGAACCAAAAUUUGGCGGGAAUACGUGUUACGGUGCAAAGUGGGAGGGAAAGGAGUGCGGAAUGCAAAAAUGUCCAGUCAUUCCCGCCAAUUUUACCAUGGCAUCAUGUGAUCACACAUCGUUUAUCUGCGACAGUCACCAUCACUGCGUGCCUGGGAGUCAGCGUUGUGACGGUGUCCUACAGUGCCAUGACGGAUCAGACGAACGGAAGUGCUUCAGUUAUGUUGUUAGAUGGAAUGGGGUCAGAUCAUCAGGCGACGUGUCGAAGGCCAACGUCUAUCAUCUGAUGCUGUCACUUGCUGUGAUUUUCUUAGCCACGUCUGACACCACAUGACAGGACGUAGCAUAAAUGUCUUAUUUUUUUAUUUGAUAUGCAGAUUGGGAUGCCACUACGGCAAGUAAAAUCACACAGAGCCGUACCGAACAAUGCACAAUACUGAUCAGUUUAAUGGCUGUGAUUGCAGGACUCUUUCCGAGCCAAAACCAACGAAGCCAGAUUCUAACGGUCAUAUUGUGGUCCAUGUGACAUAUACACUCUGACGAUCUGCAUGUAUCGAUUGUGGUGUUUUUUUAAAUACGAUAUCAAAAUAUUGAUAAUGUUCUUAUUGUCCUAUACAAACUGUACAUUCUGAUUGGAGUGGGUAUUAGUUUAUUGGACUUAAUCACGUGACGAAAGGUCCUAUCGAGUAUUGACUUUCAGCAUAAAGCACAUACACAUUUAGAUACUCAGGACUAAAAGGUGGGAACCGAGCUGUAAAUCAUGAAACAAUUGUUUAUUGCUGAAUGUUAUAUUUAUCCUCUGUAAAAAAAAAAAAACACAAAGUGUACAAUCAUCGUGUGAAUACAAUCUACAAAUAUCUGUGUGUGGGUAGAUAUCCCAACUCCUGAAGCUUGAGAUUAAAAAUAUUUAGUCUGGGGGAGUCGGUGAUGUCAAAUGUGUUUAAUAAAUUCAUCCAUACUGGAGAUCCACUCGAUGAUUGAUACAAAUAUAUAUAUUUGUUUAUCUAAAGGCUGGAAAUCAUUAAAAAUGAAAAACAACAUGCUGCAAAUGUUUUCCCGUCAUUGUUUAUUUACAUACGUUUACUUUUAUUGUGAUUGUGAUAAUGUACGUAUGACGAUUAUUUACAAAAUAGUUAUGGUACAACUAGAGACGAUAUAUAGUUCAUGGUAGUAAUAUUCAAUUAAGUACGAAUAUGUAGGAACAGGCUUUGGCGAGAAAGACUUUUUAAUUAAGUGUAUGCGACAGUAGCUGUUAACGUUGUGUGUUGAUAUAUACUGUGUUAGCGGUGUUCGAUGUUUAUGAUGGUCAAUGUCGAUUCCACUACUCGUUUGUGUGGUACAUACCAGACUACCUUGAUAGGAUCGGUGAUGCGAUGGCCUUGUCCUUGAUGUGUCACGUAACAUUCCGACCACUGUACGUGAUAGUGAGUCUAUUACCAGCAUUAAGAGCGGCUAGACUCUCGCCGUUCCGACUGUUAAGUCGCUGUUAAUUAUUGGUCAGUGGAAAUUAAGAGUAAUGUAUAUGUAUUUAAAUGCGAUGUAUUGACUAUAAAGUGUGAAUGAGUAUUUUUCUCUUACUUUGCGUAUCACAUUAUUAUCUAAUGGUGACGUUACAUCAAAGCGGGAAAAUGUUGACGUGACGUGAUUGAAUUAUCGACGUGACGUCAUGAUAUUGUUGACGUGACGUUAUACAUGACUACGUUCAAAGAGCACACAAGUUUGUCUCAUUCCUAGGAUGAGAGAAGAAGAUAUCGUACCGUUGAAUUGUGGAUAUAUCUGCCCAGUAUACUAGUCUAAAAUGUGAAUCAUAUGUUUAAAUUGGUUCAUGUUUUAAUCUCAACUUUUAUACCCGUAGAUUGUGUUUCGACUUGGCGCAUACAAUCUUUGAUUUAUAUUCUCCUUCCUAGUGGUAAAGCUGGUCGAUAUGAAAUUGAUUUAAACAGUUUAAUAAAAAUCACAACAGCA